AGUUGCUUUGCAAGCCAGCGCUCAGCUGCUCACUUCUCCGACGUUUCGUCGUCCUCGCUUCGGUGUGCGAGUUGUCUGUGUGAGUGUGCGUGUAAACUCCAUGCGCAUAACUACGGCACACAACACGCCAUCCAGCCGCAGGCAGGACAUAGCAGGCGAAGAAGAGUAGAAGCACUACACAGCGACGAAGCGUUCAUUAGUCAGCGUGGAAGUUGUCAAGAGAAGCCAAGUGAAGUGUGCUGCGGAUCAGUUUUUUUGCCCCUGCGGAAGAAUUCACAUCACCAAUCGCACAUCACUCCGUCAUCCGUCGGUCGAUCUUUCCGGAUUUGGUGCUCUCUCAUCCUCCAUGUUGGAAGCAAAUCUAGAGGAAAUCGAUAAGCAACCUUGAAAGUUAAAAAUCAGAGCCUGCUGCGGAGUUCGCGUGGUGUCAUUCGUGCGGGAAGCAAAAUUAUUCGCCAUUUCGUGUGCUUCGGAAAAGUGUCUCUCCCCUCUUGUUCGCUAGUUCGUUUCGCGGGAGGAAAAUUACGGAAUAAACCCAUUUCCGUUCGGAAUUUUUCAUAACAUUGUGACUUGGUACAAGUGCUCGCAAAAUGUGCAAAACGCUACCAACUGCAGACGUAGAAGUAUCUGCCCACGGUAUCGUCAGUGAAAAGACUGCGUUUACGUCAUAUUUCUGUGCCCUUAUCAGUCGCUGAAUGGCCGCUGAAAGUAGUCCGAAAAAAAUCCGAAAUUGCGAAGUACUGCACUGUGACCGUUGUCGUCAACCCGCUACGAACUGUACACCUGUUUGACCCAUCCCUCCCUCCCGUCGUUGUCAAAAAGGGGGGCCCGCCAGGUCAUCGUGUUCGACUUCCAUUUGGAUUUUUUUUCCUUCCUGUAUAUAAUGUACAUAGGCGACGAGUCACAAAUUGUUUCCCUUCUCUAAACAAUAACAAAGGACAAAACGAAAGAUAAAUCAACGCGAACGGAGGAAGAGAGCCAUCGCUUCGUUGGAAAUUCGUCUAAUAAUAAUAGUAAUAAAUUCACAACGUAUAUCAGCACGAAUCACGCACACUGCUGAGAGCAUCACAACAUCACCAGUUCCUCCAGCCAGACAGAGGUGGAGCAAGUGAAAGCCACCCAAUCGCGUCAUCAUAUCAAUACAAAACACUGAACGAGCAGCUCUAGCCGAGUCGAGAUUGUAGCGAGAGAGAGAGAGUAACGAAGAAACCAGAGACCGAAGCGGACAUCAUCGCAACCCAGUCCUGCCUUUUUCAGGUGUGACAAAGAUAAGCGACAAAAUUGCGCCAAACGAUAAGAAGACUCAACUGCAGACCAAAUCGUCAUCGUCGUCGUCGGAAGGAGAGAUGGCAUCGGCUCUAAAAAGUCCCACGGCACCAACCGGGGCUGGCGGAGGCAAGUUCAGCUGGAUGGCCCACGUCAAGUACGAACAUCUGAUGGCCGGAGUUUCCGGCGGAGUAACAUCUACGCUUCUACUGCACCCGUUGGAUCUGAUCAAAAUUCGCUUCGCAGUAAACGAUGGCCGAACAGCAACCUUGCCUCAGUACCGAGGACUCACAGGAGCGUUUCUCACCAUCUUUCGGCAAGAAGGCUUCCGGGGUCUCUACAAAGGCGUCACGCCAAACAUCUGGGGAUCCGGAAGUGCAUGGGGAUUUUACUUCUUGUUUUACAACUCAAUCAAAACGUGGAUCCAGGACGGCAACACGGCCCAACCAUUGGGGCCGGCCCUGCACAUGCUAGCGGCAGCCGAAGCCGGCAUUCUGACCCUGGUGAUGACCAAUCCAAUCUGGGUGGUGAAGACAAGACUGUGCUUGCAGUUUAACGAACCCGGACAGAAGGGCUAUGCCGGCAUGGUGGACGGACUGAAGAAAAUCUACCGAACCGAGGGCAUCCGGGGGUUGUACAGUGGAUUCGUACCCGGAAUGUUGGGAGUGUCACACGGUGCGCUUCAAUUCAUGACGUACGAAGAGAUGAAGAACCGCUACAACCAAAACCGGAAGCGGCCCAUCGAUGCCAAGUUGACCACCGUAGAGUAUUUGACGUUUGCCGCCGUCUCGAAGCUUAUCGCCGCUGCAGCUACCUAUCCAUAUCAGGUGAUACGGGCCCGCCUGCAAGACCAGAACCACAAUUACAAGGGCACAUGGGACUGCAUCAAGCUGACAUGGAGAUUUGAAUCGUGGCGUGGCUUCUAUAAGGGGCUCGGUCCGAACUUGUUGCGCGUAACGCCGGCGACGAUGGUCACGUUUGUUACGUACGAGAACGUGUCGCGCUAUCUGUUGGCCUUCAGAAAGUCGUAGAUUAGAAGGCUUAUCUAGUUUUUACGUUAUUAUGUGUAUCAGUUAGUAGGUUAGUUAGCGCCAAAAUUGCCCAAACUUUAACCGCAUUGCUCGAUCUUUUCACCCACGACGGAAAAGAUCGCUCGCCGCAAUGACCCAUCCGAUACUGGACUGGACUGCACUAAACGGGAAAUGGGCUUUUCAAAAGCGUAUCCAUUUUCCCUCCGCCGGACAAAACCAAAUUAUUCUAGCUGAGUUAGGAUCUUGUUUGCCAUAGGUAGUUAAAAUACGCAAUUGGUGGCAUCGGAUGCCCCCUUUUUAGUUUUGUUCUGUUUGGUUCGUUCCUAAUAUACCUAGUGAAUGUAAAUUUAAGUGAGGAUCCACCCCAGUGGAAGGACAAUACAGCAGCUUCUGUUCUGGAGCGUCUCGUUUCGAGGCAAGUCACAAUCCAGAAUAGUUCAGCAGAUUGGAAUGAACGACCUUUAUGCUUUAGUACACGCCAGUUUCUAUUACAAAACAA